CUUUGUUGUUACUGUGCCUGGGGUUGUCUGGAAAAGAGGAGAAGGAUGUUCCUCAGUCAAAGCAAACACUUGUCCAGCUGAGUCAGAAAUACCCAGAGAAUGGAAUCUGGCCAGGGGUGGUGUGGUGUGGCAUGUUAGAAUGUCAAGAUGAGGUGAUUGAACCUCUGCUUGCUAAAGUUCCCUUGGUCUCUUCUACCAGUGAGGGGUACACAGCCUCCCAACCCAUGUAUCAGCCUUCUCACACGACAGAGCAGCGGCCACAGAAAGAGUCCAUUGACCAGAUCCAGGCUUCGAUGUCGCUGAGUGCAGAGCAGCCCCCGUCGUCGUCGUCGCUCCCCGCCGCGUCCCAGCCGCAGGUGUUCCCGGCAGGCUCCAGCAAACCCCUGCACAGCAGCGGCAUCAACGUCAACGCGGCUCCCUUCCAGUCCAUGCAGACGGUAUUCAACAUGAACGCGCCUGUUCCUCCUGUUAAUGAGCCAGAAACCCUUAAGCAGCAAAACCAGUACCAGGCCAGUUACAACCAGAGCUUCUCCAAUCAGCCUCACCAAGUAGAACAAUCAGAUCUGCAGCAAGAACAGCUCCAGACAGUGGUUGGUACUUACCACGGUUCCCCGGACCAGAGUCACCAGGUGGCAGGUAACCACCAGCAGCCUCCCCAGCAGAACACUGGAUUCCCACGGAACAGUCAGCCUUACUACAACAGCCGAGGGGUGUCUCGUGGUGGCUCCCGUGGUGCUCGUGGCCUCAUGAACGGUUACAGGGGACCGGCAAACGGAUUUAGAGGAGGCUACGACGGCUACCGCCCGUCCUUCUCCAGCGCGCCCAGCAGCGGCUACACGCAGCCCCAGUUCAGUGCCCCCCGGGACUACUCCAACUACCAGCGGGAUGGAUAUCAACAGAAUUUCAAACGUGGCUCUGGACAAAGCGGACCUCGGGGAGCUCCUAGAGGUCGUGGAGGGCCCCCAAGACCAAACAGAGGGAUGCCUCAAAUGAAUGCUCAGCAAGUGAAUUAAACAAAUUCACAGGAUUACAUGAAACGCCAAAAACACACUGGCCAGUGUACUAUACAUGUUACCAGAAGAGUUAUUAUCUAUUUGUUCUCCCUUACAGGAAGUUUGUUGUAAAGGGACUCUUUUCAUUGCCCAUAAUGACAGGACUACAGUUGCCAGCUUUAUAUUACCUGGAUAUUGAAAGGAACGAAACAACGUUUACUCUGCAUGUUCUGUCCUAAGCAUCAUCUUGAGCCUUGCACAUGAGAUUCAGAUUCCUCACCCUUGCUAAGAGUAAAGCAAAAAAAAAAAGGCAAUUUUCAGGGUGAUCCAAUCUCCAUGGUUAACUGAAGUGGCAGGAAAAAGCAAAGACUCACUUCUGACACUUAGAAGCGACGUAACAAAUUUGGGUAAAACCUGCGAAUUCGUUAAGAUUCACUGUAGUGGCAGUUGGCAAAACUUAAGGUUCCUGUGGAAGGAUGGAAAAGGUGAAGUGUGGCUGGGCAGAGCAACCUCAUUUCAGCUUUUUCUUCCCAAACUGAAGCACGGAACAGUUAAAGGUGCAUAGUGAUGCCUGUUUCCCUAAAUAGACAACUAGGCUUCUAGCCAGUUUUUGAGAAAGAAGCAGCCCCUUAGCUGCAGCACUCCUCAUCACCAGGGCCCUCUUCACUGUGGCUGAGGAUUUAAGAUGCUUGCAUAACUGCUAAUGUAAUCGUGGAAUUAUUUUUUUAAAGAGAAAGGAAAAAAAAAAAAA